UUUUUAUAUCUCCUCCCUCUCGACCUACCAGGUCUCUUUCUAUCGCCAAAAUGCCUCCCCGGAAGCAGUGGAUCGACAAGAAAAACGCUACCACCUACCAACUAUUCCACCGCUCACAAAAUGACCCUCUCAUCCACGACCCCUCCGCCGAUGACCGCGUCCUAGCCCCCCAUUUGGCCGACCUGCAGCAAGCCUUCGGGGGCAACACCGUCCGCAAGAACGAAGGCGAAGCCGCCAACUACGGAAUCUACUACGACGACUCCAAGUAUGACUACAUGCAGCACAUGCGCGACCUCGGCCAGGGGGCCGGCGACACGCACUUCAUCGAGGCCAAGACCAAAGGCAAGGAGAAGGCGGGCAAGGGCAUGAGGCUGGAGGAUGCGCUGCGCCAGGUGUCGCUCGACGAGGAUCGUCAGAGCCAGGUCGGGGGUGGCCCGGAAAGCGUGUACAGCUAUGACAUGCGGUCGACCGCCUCGUCGUACGUGCGCAACCCCACCUACCAAGAUCAGCAGAACGUGCCCGAUGCGAUUGCCGGGUUCCAGCCCGACAUGGACCCACGGCUGCGCGAGGUGCUGGAGGCGCUGGAGGACGAGGAGUACGUGGAUGGGGAGGACGAAGACGAUUUGUUUGGGCAGUUGACGACGCGCGCCGAGGAGAUGGACCAGGGCGACUGGGAGGAUACCCUGUUUGAUAAUGUCGAGGAGGAGGAUGACGACGGGUGGGAGUCGGAUGCGACGGAGAAGGCGCCCGUGCAGAUGGACACCACGGAUGCGAAGAAGUCCGUGGCGUUCAAGGAUCUGGAUGUGGAGCCCGGCGAGAUGCCGGAGCACGAUGAGCCUGCGCCGGAUCUGCACCCCGAGGACCAGGGGUGGAUGCGCGAGUUUGCCAAGUUCAAGAAGGACGGUAAGAGCCCGGCGGCCGCGCCCGCCGCGCCCCCCAGCGUCGUCCCCUCCGAGCAGCAAAGUACCCUGGCGUCGACGGUGUUCACGGUGGGCGGCACUCCGAUCCGCAGGAAGAAGCGCAAGGGCGCCCUGACCAACCCGUCCGCGUACUCGAUGACCUCGUCGGCGCUGGCGCGGACGGAGGGUCACCGCCUGCUGGAUGACCGGUUCGACCGCGUGGAGGCGCUGUACGCGCUGGACGAGGAGGACGAGUUCGACGACAGCAUGUCCAUGGUCAGUGGCAUGACAGGGAUGACAGGGAUGUCGGGCGUGUCGGCCUUCUCGACCGCUUCAUCGCAGGCGCCCAGUCUGGUCAACGCCAACGGCGACGAAGUGCGGCCGUCGCACAACUUCAACAACAUUAUGGACGAUUUCCUGGCGGGGUGGGACGGCAAGACCGGCGCGCAGGCCAAGCGCAAGGGCGCCCAGGCCAAGCGCGGCAAGAACGGCAACGAGGCCAUCGGCAUCAAGAUGCUGGAUGAGGUGCGUCAGGGCUUGGGGCCCGCCAGAAUCUCCGGGAAAGUCCCCGGCCGGGCCUGAGUUGAAUGUUUGAACGAUUGCAACGAUACCAUCACCACCACCACUUGCACCUCCUGCACCACCUGCCUUUAUUCCUUCUAUUCAUUCUGGCGGAGAAAAAAAACAUGGCUUAGGCGUCCGGUGUGAUAGAUUUCCUUCUUUUUGGCUUGCGAAUAUGCACUCUUUCGCAUGGCGAUAGACCUCUCUUGCUGCUACUCUACCUUUGAUCCUAGAAAAAGUUUCGGUUCUUCUCCCUACGAAUCAAUCUUCCUUUGUAAUUCUUCGCGGCCAAACAAACCCGUCGUAUUCGGAGCUGACUGUACAUUCUAUCUAUCAUAUA